GCCUGCGCGUUUCUCGCGUUGUUUAUUAUUCUCUAUCGCCAUCGUGCAGCAGCUGUACGGUGGUGGCCCUAGACAGCGAUAAGAAUGGCUGCUUCCGUGACUCUGUUCCUAACCGUAGCUGGAUUGCUUUGUGGCCGACCUGCUAGUGCCGGAGUGGCCGACAAUCGAAUCGACACGUUCGGCAAGCAAAGCGAUGGAAGCUGCGAGUUGCCGGACGCCCUGCUAAAAGAGAUUCACGGGUAUCAACCGAUCGUGAAGUCGAUCGCCGACAAGAUAGUGCACGGUGAAUAUGCUGGCCGCACCUGGGACAGUCUGGCGGAGCUGGUGGAUACGUUCGGGGCACGGGUAGCUGGUAGCGAGCAGCUGGAAAAAGCCAUCGAUUACGUCGUCGAUAAGAUGAAAGCCGACGGACUGGAAAACGUCCACACGGAGAAUGCGUCCGUCCCGCACUGGGUACGAGGUUACGAGAGUGCUGAGUUGGUAAAACCGUUCCACAAGAAUUUGCCACUGCUGGGGCUUGGCAGCAGCGUCGGUACGCCUCGCGGUGGCAUUAUCGCCGAAGUGUUAGCCGUGGAAUCGUUCAAAGAGUUCGAAACCAUCCCAGCGGAACAAGUGCGCGGCAAGAUUGUGGUGUUUUCACCGGUAUGGGAGAGCUACGAACGUACGGUUGUUUAUCGCAGUCAGGCGGCUUCCGUUGCAUCACGAAAGGGAGCCGUAGCAGCGCUCGUUCGUUCAAUUACCCCGUUCUCGAUAGGUUCACCGCAUACGGGCCAACAGCACUAUCAGGAUGACGUAAAAAAGAUCCCCGUCGCAUGCAUCACAGUGGAGGACGCGCAGAUGCUGCUUCGAAAGUACCGCCGCGGUGAAACGAUGGAAAUUCAUCUAGAAAUGGCAGACCGACCGAUGGAACCGGUCAUAUCGAGAAAUACGAUCGGUGAACUGGUGGGAACAAACUACACCAACACCUCGGUUGUGGUCGUUUCCGGUCAUCUGGACAGCUGGGAUGUAGGUGUCGGUGCGAUGGACGACGGAGGCGGUGCAAUAAUCUCGUGGAAAGCGUUAACGUUUCUGAAAGCGAUGGGUCUGCGGCCACGGCGAACCAUCCGAGCCAUUCUUUGGACGGGCGAAGAGGAAGGCCUUUACGGUGGGGCUGCGUACAAGGAAGCACAUAAGCCGCAAGAGGCGAAGGAGUUUAAUUUCUUCUUCGAAUCCGACAUCGGCACCUUUGAGCCACGAGGGCUCGACUUUGUUGGAAAUGCUGAUGCCGAAUGUAUCUUUCGAGAAAUCGUCAAACUGAUGGCUCCAUUGAAUGCGACCGAGUUUGAAACACCCACCGAUGGUGGACCGGACAUAAGUCACUGGACAACGCGUGGUUUCCCGGGAGCGUCUUUGCUGAACAAAAAUGACAAAUAUUUCUGGUUCCAUCACUCCGCCGGUGACACGAUGGCAGUGGAGGAUCCUAAAAAUCUAGACAAAUGUGCGGCUCUCUGGGCAGCGGCUGCCUACGUCGUGGCUGAUCUGAGUAUUAGCAUGCCCAAGGAUGUGAUGCCGUGAAAGGGGGGAGGGGGGCAUACCAUUAAGAGCCUCAUAAGGAUACUCCAAAUAAAUCGAAUCUUUAUCCCCGUUAC